AUGCUGUUGACGCGCUCACUGCCUCCGCAGUUCCUAGUGCCAGCAUGGGGACUGCGGCAGUUAGCUCAGGUGGUACAACGGGCCCAUAUGUCCGACAGUACGAACGGUAGCUCGAGCUCUACGAAGGGACAGAAGAAGUUUCCAAGAUCACCAAAAAAGUCUCGAAGACCACCAAAAAAGUCGUUGUUUGAUGAGCUGUUCCCAGAAGAAAAGGAGCCUACAAAGCGGGCCGAGGAGGAGCAGGUGGAUAAGCUGCCGCCCUUUCGAUGGGACGCUGACUUCGGACAAAAGCCAGAGAUUGCUUCAGAGAAGAGGUCUCCAUUGCCAGUUGAGAAUUACCACCUCAUCGGUGGUGUUUCGCCGCGUGAACGCACACCGGAGCUUAGAGCACAGAUCGAGCGGGAAGAUGAGAAGCGCAGACUGGAUGCAGCUGUGCUGGUGUUGAAUGCUGCCAGCAAAAGGCUGGAAGAGAGUGAUUUCUAUCGGAUAGGUGCUAAAGGCCAACAUAUCGAGGGCUGGACAAGCGGCAUUAUCAGAGUCCUCCCAGCCCGGGACAGUUAUACCCUUGAACCGUUCGAUCAUUACUUCAUUCUCUUUUCCAGCGACGAUGCUGCCCGGGCCUACCUCGACCAAACGAUCCGACUGCACGCCCUGUCCAAAGCACAUACUGGGUCAUUAACGGCUGCGACUCUGCCUCCUCCCCCAGGACUCCUAAGGGAGGGAGAGGAUGUGAAAGAGAUGGUCAGGUCGUUUACACUCGUACCAGGGCAGAGCAGGCUUUCUCUGCGCUUGAUGAACAAACCUUACAAACGGGGAAUGGUAGGGGUGCUUAGUGAAGGUGGCCCCCAAGGCAUUGCAAGCAGGCUAAGCAACAAGGAGGGCUUGGUAAAGCUUUCGGUUGAUUUGGCCCUCACAGCUUACGAGCUGAAAAAUGCGUUGGGUACCGAUGGCAAACGUCGCAACCUACACUGGGCCUUAUCCGAAACUAAUCCCGUUGUCCGGGUUGAACAACAGCCGAAAGAUGCUGCCCAGGAGGAGAAGUCAAGACUUGAAGGACUCCAGAGCAGAACUCCAUUUCGGGGGGCAGCGAAGUAUAUGAUCUCAUUCAAAGACCGUGACGAGGCUCGGAGGUUCAUCAGAGAAUGGCAUCGCCGUCCUUACCCGGUAGAACGGGAACAUGGUCUGGGAGACGAACCGCCUCCCAUAGUAAAUGUAGAGAUGCUAUGGUAG